ACUAUUCAUAUUUGUAAUGAACAACUUUUUAUUCCCUUCUCUGACGAUAUUUCUCAAAUAUCUAAUGAACGAGUCCAUUCAUCUUUUUCCAUAAGUAAUUCGGAUCUUGCAUUCUGGUAGCUUGUCAGCAACUUCUUUUUAGUUGGUGGUAUCAUUAGUUGUGUGCGGAAGAAAACAUGGGGGGUGGAAAGGACAAGCAUGACGAUUCUGACAAAGGGCUUUUCUCGCAUCUCGCUCAUGGUGCCGCUAGUCUUGCUCAUGGCCAGCACGGGUAUCCUCCUGGACAAUACCCUCCACCACCUGGAGCAUAUCCUCAGCAAGGCUAUCCACCAGCAGGAUAUCCUCAGCAAGGAUAUCCUCCGCAAGGCGGCUAUCCACCAGCAGGCUAUCCUCAGCAAGGCUAUCCACCAGCCGGAUAUCCUGGUUCAUCUGCUCCACAUCAUGGAGGGCAUGGACCUGGCAUGGGAUCAUUGCUAGCUGGGGGUGCUGCAGCUGCAGCAGCUGCAUAUGGCGCUCAGCACGUGGGACAUGGUGGUGGUCACCAUGGACAGGGUGCUUACUAUGGACAGGGUGGUGCUCAGUAUGGACAUGGAGUUCCCCAUGGAUAUGGGCAUGGGCAUGGCAAGUUCAAGCAGCAUGGCAAGUUCAAGCAGGGGAAACACGGGAAGCACGGGAAAUUUGGGAAGCAUGGCGGGUUUGGGGGAGGCAAGUUCAAGAAGUGGAAGUAAACUGCGUUCUGCAAUUGAAUAUAUAUCAACUACAGAUGCCGAUUCUCGUUUUAAUGAAUAAACUAAACUAUACAUGUUAUGGAUGAUGGCCAGGACUUCUAUGGCUGUACACUCCGAAAUUAUUGGCUUGAUAUGUUGGAAUUUAUUGCAUGGAGUAUUUGGCUUUA